UCUGAGGCUUCUGCUAAGCAAGAGACACAAGAAGAGAGAAGAGGAAGGAAAGAGCGCUUCACUAAUGAUGGCCUGGUAUAAGCCAAGCUAAAGAAGAUGGGGUCUUGCUGUCCUGCCCCUGACAAAUAGGAAAGACUUUAUAUGAUUAGUUAUAGCUUGGUCUCUACUUGGCUGGAAAAGACAGUACAGGGAAGAAGGGAGAGAAAAAAAAAGUUAUGAAAACAAGCUCUCUUGGGAAGAUGACUUCUGCUUUGGGGCUGUGGAUCAUCAUAGCUCUUCUACUAUUUGGAUACAUGACCGAAUCUUCAGCUCAAGGAUGUAACAGUUCAACCCUGGCCAAAGAGCAGGGGCAUCUGUGUUUCAUGAACUCUGAGACUACCACAACAGACUCUUCAGUGUCUGUACAGGUAGAUACCAAGACUAACCUCUCCUGCUUUACUUUCUCAAUGAAGAAUCUUAUAAUGGUCACGUGGGAAAUAGUUUCCAGAGACAAAGCUCCCUGCAUCAUGGCAAAAAGACUGGAUAAUCAUGAUAUCAAGAAAACGAAUUGCUUUAAUGAUAGAGUACACUGGGAGUUUAGACCUGACAGUCAUCUAACUCUCCAGAUAGACCCAGUGACCACUGAAGAUGAUGGGUAUUACAAAUGUGCCAUUGUAACAUCUGAAGGGAAUUUCCAAUGUGGCUAUAAUCUCAGUGUAUUAGUGCCUCCUAGAGUAUCCUUGUUGGUGGAUGGGGAUGGGACUGCCACAUGCAAAGCUUCUGCAGGGAAGCCAGCUGCCCAGAUCUCCUGGGUCCCAGAAGGAUAUUGCUUCAGUAUGAAUGAAACUCAUGACGACAAGACAGUGACAGUGGAAAGUAUGUGUCACUGGAAUGGCCUCAAUGAAUCGGAGGUGACCUGCUCCAUUUCCCAUGUGACUGGGAACGAGUGUCUGUCCAUAGAACUCCUACCCCAUCGUGUCAAGUCUUCCACACUAUUAUCACUCUAUAUCUGCUUAUUUGUUCUCUUGGGCCUAAUAAUCAUCCUGGGAUUCAUCUUCAUUUGGAGGACUAUUUGCCACAGAAGGAAGUGGAAGUUUAUGCAAACUACAUGAUGAAGGUAGAAUGUGAAAAAGAAAGUACAACUGACUUUGAAGACAUCAGAAGAAGACCUACAUCCUGACCACUCUUGCUUCAAUGCUGUCAGCUAAUUGAACAAGGAUUUGGGGGAAAGAGUGGAACUGGCAGUAUUAUUUCUAAACUGUCCAGAAUACCCCUUCCUAAGGAAGAGUGAUAUGAUUUUGGAUUCUUCUGGGCAUUAUUUCCUUCAUGAACCCUGAAGAGUAAAGAAUUUGUGAGAAUUAGAUGGCAUCUUCCUUGAUUAUCUAAAAUGUAAACCUAAAGAUGGUGGUAUUCAUCAGGAAGUGUUGUGUAUUUAAGCAUUCAACAUUCUGUUUAUGCUCUGCAUAAACACUUUGUAUAAGGAUUUAGUUGUGAGAAUUCACAGUUAUCUUUCUUUAUUUUGACAAUUCUGGGCAGGAGCAUUUCAGAGAAUACUUUGAUCAGUUUUUGAGCCUGGGUGAAGAAGCAUUUUGUACUUUGAGUCACAUCAGAAAACAGAAGCCACUUACUACCAUUCACAAGUCUACCCAGGGUACAACCAGCCAUCGUGAUUUAUUUGAGCAUCUUUCUGAAGUGCCACCAGAGAAGAACAAAACUAUACUUGUUUUUAUAUUCGUGGUUACUGCAAAUACUUCCCCUUUUUAGAAUAAAUGCACUUUUGAACUCUUCUACUGAAUAUGUCAAAGAUUGCUUACCUUUUCUUUCUAUGUCUAGGUGUCUGCAUUCAUUCUUUCUAGUUUUCAUCUCCUGCUAUCCUAAGGAGGGUAUUUUAGAAUGACCUUCCUCAUAAUUCCAUCAGGUUUAAUUGAAAUAUGAUCAGUUUCUCCUUUGGGGAUGCUUUUUCUCCUGGAUCUUGUUUUUGAACCCCAGACCAUAACUUUCUGGUCCAACUGGAGUUUUUCCCCAGGACACCAAAUUUUAGAGGGUGCUGACAUUUGCUUUCUAUGAGCACAUUGAAAUGACUUCCCUUAAUAUCUCGUAAAGAACAAUUCUUUAGAAAAGAAAAGGUACUACAUGACAUACUGUCACUGGCUCCACACUGUACCCCUUUCAGCAACAGACUCUCCAGCAAUAUCUGACUCUCCUGUCCCUAGCAUAGU